AUGCACGUGACAGGCAACACCUCAAAUGGUGUCCUGUUUACUCAAAGCAGACAGACAUGGCUGCAAUCCAGUGAUGUCUCGAUUGACAUUCAAGGCCAACUCAGCUGUGGCAUCAACGUAGGUGAAGCUGGCCCCAGCGUCUGGAAAGAAAUUGGACCUGAACCCAGUUUCAACGCUUCAGGGUUUGGGUCAUCUGGACUCUGCCCUAUUCCUUUGCCAAGCCCCUCUGUGGAGAUCAUCAGUGUCAAGAUCAACAGCACAAGGCCCAGUGUGGAGAUCAGCCCUCGGAACUCCUCAGCAGCUGAAGGUGGUGCGGGGCAGAAGGUACAGCUAGACUUUCUCAGCUUGAGGGAGAUCACGCCCCUCGGAGUCAUCGUGUGGCAAGCGCAGCUGCAAGAAGGUUGGUUGAUGAAUGGGAGCAUGUCGAGCAACUCGAGUUACACAAGCACUUAUACCAGCAAGCUCGCCAACAACGCCACGCUGACCUACCAGUUCUCAACUUUUGAUGAUCUCCUCAUCCUUACACUCGCAAACAAUUACACAUUCAGCAUCACGCCCGCCUUCAUCAAGUUUUCGCUGCGCUUGGACCGUUGGAACUGGUCCUCUAGUGACAACAAGCUGCAAUUCCAAAUGGCCAUCGAUCCGCCAUUUGCCACCGGCGAGGUGAGGAACAACACACCUCAAGCCAGCAUCACCACACUGCUGUUGCACAGCGCGCGUGAGAGCGAUGCGAGCAUGAUCUCGCGGCUGCUCGACUUUGGUCUGACAAACAGCAGCGAGCGUGUGGCUUGCUCUAGCAUGGUAGACUCUACCGACUCAUCACUCACGAUCACCUUUGACCACUUCGAUACCGACCUAGACUAUGACCCCGACAUCUCGUUGCUCUUCGGGCGGGCUGGCCACGGCGGAGGUGACACCGGUGGGGCGCAAUGGGUGAUUGCUGUCGCUGUGGCAGUUCCUGUAGCUGUGGUGCUGGUGGUGCUCAUCACCGCAGUCCUCUUGUUGGUGGCCUAUGUUCGCAAGCAACGCAGCAAUACGCAGGUUGCAGUGAACUUUGAUGGAAUGGGGGGUGACGCCGAUGAUGAGCUGUAG